GACACUCGUAGCUUCAUUGAAGUUUCCUUGAUAAAGACAGCAUUUAACUAGCUCUUUGCAGACUUUUGCUACCACUAUCCACACUUUGCUUCAGAUCUCAUCCAAGCAAAACCAGUCCCCGAUAUUGUUUCCUUUCCAACUUUUGCAUUUCUGAAAAUGGCUGAGGCUUUACUUGGAGCUGUAUUUGAGAAAUUGAUCUCUCUAGCUCAGAAUGAAUUUGCAACCAUCUCUGGAAUCAAGGGAAAGGCUGAGAAGCUAUCACACACUCUUGAACUGAUCAAGGCUGUUGUUGAAGAUGCUGAGAAGAAAGAGAUAACAAACAAAUCUAUAAAGGUUUGGCUGCAGCAGCUCAAAGAUGCUGUCUACAUCCUAGAUGAUAUCCUUGAUGAAUGUUCCAUAGAAUCACUUCGACUUAAGGGAUUGUCCUCUUUAAAACCAAAGAACAUCAAGUUUCGCUAUGAGAUUGGCAACAGGCUGAAAGAGAUUGCAAGGAGAUUUGAUGAGAUUGCUGACUGUAAGAACAAGUUUGCUCUGCAAGAGGGUGUUAGGGAAAGGUCAACUGAAGUUGCUGAAUGGCGCCAAACCAGCUCGUUCAUUCCCCAACCUAAACUAUAUGGAAGAGAAGAUGAUAAGAAGAAGAUUGUGCAGUUUCUUCUCAGCCAAGCACGCGAGUCUGAUUUCCUUUCCAUCUAUCCCAUUGUCGGCUUAGGUGGCAUGGGAAAAACAACACUUGCUCAAAUGGUCUACAAUGAUGAUCAGGUAACAAGCAAUUUUGACAUCAAAGUUUGGAUUUGUGUUUCUGAGAAUUUCUCUGUCCAAAGGAUUUUGUGCUCCAUCAUAGAAUCUAUUACAAAAGCAAAACAUGAUUGCUUGAAUUUAGAUGUAACAGAAAGAAAGGUGCAAGAGCUGUUGCAAGGUAAAAGAUAUUUUCUGGUUUUGGAUGACGUGUGGAGAAAAGAUGAAGAAAUAAAAUUUGGUUUAAACCAAGACAAAUGGAAUAAGCUGAAAUGUUUGUUGUCAUGUGCAUCCAAAGGAGCUUCCAUUUUAGUAUCCACUCGCGAUAUGGAGGUUGCAACAAUUAUGGGAACAUGCCAAGCUCAUCAUUUGUGUGGUCUCUCUGAGGAUGAAUGUUGGAUGCUAUUCAAACAAUAUGCAUUUGGAACUGUAAAAGAAGAACGUGCAGAGCUUGUAGCUAUUGGCAAAGAGAUAGUAAAGAAAUGCGGAGGAUCACCUCUUGCAGCACAAGCACUAGGAGGUCUCUUACACUCAAGGAAUGAAGAAAAAGAAUGGCUUGAAGUUAUGAAAAGUGGGAUUUGGAAUUUAGCGGGUGAAAAUUCUAUUUUUGCUGUCUUGAGAUUGAGCUACUUUCAUUUAACGCCAACAAUAAGACAGUGUUUUGCAUUUUGUGCCAUGUUUCCUAAAGAUACAGAAAUCAUGAAGGAAGAUUUAAUUCAUCUUUGGAUGGCUAAUGGGUUUAUAUCACCAAGGGAGAACUUGGAGGUGGAAGAUGUUGGAAAUAUGAUUUGGAAUGAAUUGUAUCAAAAAUCAUUCUUUCAAGAUAUGAGGUUGGAUGAUUAUUCAGGUGACAUUCAUUUCAAGAUGCAUGAUCUUGUCCAUGAUCUUGCUCAGUCAAUAAUGGGGCAGGAGUGCAUUGUUUUGGGCAGUGCAAACAUGACUGAUAUGUCAAGAAGCACCCACCAUGUUGGUUUUGGCUCUGGUUGGGAUCUAUCCUCGCUGCACAAGCGCGCCUUCAAGAAAGUUGAAUCCAUGCGAACAUUUUAUCAGUUAAAUGUCUACGACCGUGUUUCUGGUUGCAUCCCAACCCACCGCAGUCUUCGGGUACUACGCACAAGUUCUUCCAACUUAUCAUCACUCAAGAGUUUAAUUCAUUUGAGGUAUUUGGAACUUUCCGAGCUUGAGAUAGAAAGCAUGCCCGACUCAAUUUAUAGCUUGCAGAAAUUGGAAAUCUUGAAAUUGAUUAAUUUGAAAAAACUUGUUUGUCUACCUAAAGGCUUGACUUGCUUACAGGAUCUUAGACAUCUUGUAAUUAAAGGUUGUAAUUCAUUGUCUUGUAUGUUCCCUAACAUUGGAAAACUAUCCCGUCUGAGAACGUUAAGUAAGUACAUUGUCAGUUCAGAGAUUGGGCAUAGCCUGGCAGAAUUACAUGACUUAAAACUCAGAGGAAAUUUGCGCAUUGAAGGACUAGAAAACGUUGGCAGUUUAUCCGAAGCUCAAAAGGCCAACUUGAUGGGUAAAAAAGACAUCCACAAAUUACAGUUGAGAUGGGACAAGGAGGUCCACUCAAAGUCAUAUGCUACUAAUCCGGAGCUAGUACUUAAUGCUCUUCAACCACACUCAAAUCUCAAGAAUUUGACAAUAAGGUACUAUGCAGGAUUACAAUUCCCAACCUGGAUGGAAAUGCUCACCAAUUUAGUUUCUCUUGAACUUCAUCGAUGCAAGAUGUGUGUGCGGCUUCCCUCACUUGGUAAACUGCCAUAUUUAAGAAUAAUUGAAAUAAGUGAAAUGAAUGAUGUGCAGUAUAUGGAUGAUGACGAAUCUGAUGAUGGUGUGGAGGUGAAAGCUUUCCCGUCUUUAGAAACACUCUCACUAUCAGGAUGCUCAAAGUUAGAGCGGUUGUUGAAAGUGGAAAGAGGAGAGAAUUUCCCCUGUCUUUCUUGUUUGGAAAUUCAGAAAUGCCCUAAACUUGAGUUACCAUGCAUUCCAUCACUGAAAAUGCUCGAGUUAAGUAAUUAUACGAAUGAGUUACUGAGGUCACUCUCAGGUUUCAAUGGCCUUACCUCCCUUUGGCUUUACGAUGGCGAUGUAGACCUGACAUCCUUCCCGGUGGGAACAUUGACUUGUCUUCAGACUCUGGGGAUAUCUAGUUCCGAGGUAUUGAAGGAAUUACCAAAUGAAUUCUUCAAAAACCUCAACAAAAUGGAGUAUCUGAGCAUCGGUAAUUGUAGGAAGCUGGAGUCUUUACCAGAGCAAGGGUGGGAAGGUCUCCGCUCCCUUCGAACUCUGGAGAUUGAAGGAUGUGGUGAAUUGAAAUCCUUGCGGGAUGGUGUUCGACACCUCACUUCACUCCAGCUUUUGAACAUCCGUUAUUGUAGAAAGCUGGAGUCUUUACCAGAGCAAGGGUGGGAAGGUCUCCGCUCCCUUCGAACUCUGGAGAUUGAAGGAUGUGGUGAAUUGAAAUCCUUGCCGGAUGGUGUUCGACACCUCACUUCACUCGAGGUUUUGGAAAUUAGUAGCUGCCCAGCAUUAGCCGAGAGGUGUAAAGAGGGAACAGGGGAGGAUUGGGACAAGAUAGCGCACGUUCCCGAAGUACAAAUUGAUUUCGAUUAAGAUAGUGUUGAUUCUCAAUUCGGCUUGUAAUUCUAAUUCAACACCAAUUUGGUUACUCUGCUAUUUCUGAUUCAAUUUUUGGUUAAUACCCAAUCGAGGAGCAAAGAAGGGAAAUAAGAAUUGAUUAGUCAUGAUGAAAAGGAGGUGGAAAAGGCCUGCAAUAACAAAGAAAACCAGCAAUGACAGCAAGCUAAAAUUGCAGAAUAUGAAGAACAUGAUGAAAAGGAACUUUUUGUUAACAAUUAUAAUGCUGCAGAGAGUGUGACAUGGAUUUCUCAUGUAUAAUCUUUCCUGAAACUGGAAAAGGUCAUUUCCAAGGUGACCAACAGACAGAAAAAUUGUAGUUGGCACUUCAAGUCUUCAACAGAUGUGAAAGUAAUCAUGGAUGAUUUUUCAGUUCCUGGAAUUAGCCGAAUGGUGUCCAACACCUCACUUCACUCCAGCUUUUGAGAAUUCAGGACUGCCCAACAUUAGCUGAGAGGUGUAAGGAGGGAACAGAGGUGGAUUCGGACAAGAUAGCGCACGUUCCCAAAGUUGAAUUCUGCAACGCGUAAUUUUGCCUAAUGGGGGAGAACUUGAACAACAAUUUGGGUACUCUGCUAUUUCUGAUUCUAUUUUUGGUUAAUACAUAUCAGAUGUCUUUGAUCUUCCUUUUGGAGACUGGAUUCCCUGACCAACUCUCAAUCGAGUACUCAAAAGAACCCUUCAUAUGGGGAGCUUCAAAAGGCAGAGCCAACCAAAGGGAGCAAGAUGAUGCACCUAGGAGAAGCUUUCAGCCAUAAAAGUAAUCUGUCAAAUUGAGCUUGCUCUCGAUGAAUGAAAUGCUGAGAGGGUUGAUCCUUUCUACUUCUCAUGGUUUGUCCACUAUUGUCAAAUUCAGUGCUUCAAGAAGAAUUCCUUCAUGGAAUUUCAUUGUAAGAGAGAAUUCCACAGGCUUGCUUGAAGACCUUGUAGAUAUUGCUCCUGAAUAUGAAGAUGAUGAGUUCCUCACUGAACCACCAGAUUCUAAUUCGAUGGAGGCAGGCAUGGACCACAAUUCAGGCACAGAAGAUAGUUAUUUCAAAAGAUAAAUUAUUUUCCAUGUUCUUUUUAAUAUUUUGGUUGUAUUGCUUUCUCCAUUGUAAAUAGUAAGAAAUCUGGUCUUGGAGGGUCUCUAUUCUUGAUUUGACUGGCAUGACUCACCAUUUGGUUCCUCACUAAAUUAAAUUAUUGGAUGAUUGGAAAUACAAUAUAUUUUUCACA